AUGGCGGGCAAAGUCAGUCUUGCAAACACGGAUGAUAUCCCUGAUCUCAUGGAGAUGUUCUGGGAAGCCUUCAGCGGACCGGGCGAGGUUGUGUUUCCCCAUACCGAGGCAGGACGAAAGUGGCUUCAGCGAAGUUUUGAUAACUUCCUAGGUCAGAAGUCUUACUACAGACCUGAAUCAAAGAUUGCAGUCGUCAGGAAUCUUAACAGUCAAAAUAUUACCGGCAACUCGUGGAAGACACGAUGGUCGCGAUGCGAGGACAUACCAGGGAUGAGCGAAGAGAAGCUUUCAGAAUUCUUUGAGCCUCUAGCGAAAGCACAUUAUCUGGUCGUAGGAAAGGAGGGCCAUGUCUUCAUCGAACUCGUCAUGACGAAGUCUAAUAGUCGAGGAAGAGGCUAUGCAUCAGCACUUAUGGGAUGGGCGACGAAGCUAGCUGAUAGCCUCGACAUACCUUGCUAUCUCGAUGCCGGAAUACGCGGUAUGGGCAUCUGUGACCGAUGCGGUUUCAAGGCGCAAGAUAUCGAGAUACGAUACGGCGGACCGCCGCCUUGCACGCCUAUGUUGAGAUCGAAAAAGCAGUAA